UUAAAAGUCACAUGACCGCUGGAAACCAAUAGAUAUUGUUGAAGUCUUGACCUGCGCAAAAGAGAUGCGCCAUAGCAAAUAAUGACAACAACAAAAAUGCCGUCGGAGAGCCCGGCUCUGCCUGCACAAACGGAGAAACCACCGCAUUAUACAUACUUGAAAGAGUUUCGCACUCAGCAAUGUCCGCUGUUUCUUCAACACAAAUGUACACAACACAGACCUUUCACAUGUUUUCACUGGCACUUUAUGAACCAGCGGAGAAGAAGACCAGUAAGGAAAAGGGACGGGACCUUCAACUACAGUCCUGACAUUUAUUGCACUAAAUUUGAUGAAACAACAGGGAUUUGCCCUGACGGAGACGAGUGCCCAUUCUUGCAUAGAACAGCUGGAGAUACAGAAAGAAGGUAUCAUCUCCGCUACUAUAAGACGGGUACCUGUGUGUAUGAAACUGAUACUAAAGGUCACUGUGUCAAGAAUGGACCUCAUUGUGCAUUUGCACAUGGUCCCGGGGACCUGCGGGCUCCUGUGUAUGACAUCAGGGAGCUUCAGGCCAUGGAACAGAAUUCUGACAUCUCAAGCAGCCCUGGUACACCAAGUAGUGGAAGUCUAGAAAAAGAUAGGUUGUUGUUAGAAGAUCCUAGAUGGAAUGAUACAAAUUUUGUGUUAGCUAAUUAUAAAACAGAAACCUGUAAGAAGCCACCUAGAUUGUGUCGUCAAGGUUACGCUUGUCCACACUUUCAUAAUGCUAGAGACAGAAGAAGAAGUCCAAAACUGUUUAAAUACAGGUCAACACCGUGUCCAAAUGUGAAACAUGGAGAUGACUGGGGUGAUCCGACACAGUGUGAGAAUGGGGAUAAUUGUGGUUAUUGUCACACAAGAACAGAACAACAGUUUCAUCCUGAAAUAUACAAGUCAACCAAAUGUAAUGAUAUGGUACAGACCAACUUUUGUCCAAGGGGACCAUUUUGUGCUUUUGCACAUGUUGAACAGGAAAUAACGACCCAGCGUGAAAUACUUCAACAGGGAUCAUCUUUCCUGGCGGCAAUGAUAACAAAUUUGCUGCCACAGUCUAGUGUACAAACAACUAUAGGAAGUUCAAGUUUACCGUUAUCCACUAGUGCGCCUAUUACAUCUAUAUUACAAUCUACGGAGAAUACAUUACAUGUAACAAAUGGUACAGCAACCAAUUCCUGGACCAAGAUGCCAGAUCCUAUAGGAAAGGAGAGAACUAAUACUACUUCACAACACACUGUAAUAAAUACCAAUAGCAUUAGCAGUUUAACAAAUAAUCAUGUUGGUAGUCCUUUACCGGAGCCUAUAGGAAAGGGCCGGUCAAAUAGCAUGUCUAGCAGUAUUACAUCAAGUGAUAGUAGUGGGUUUUACCAGCGAGCACCUGGCUCGGAACGGGAUGAUUAUCAGAUAAAACUAAGACAACAGCUCCAAGCUAUAGACAAUGAUUCAACAUUAGAUGCCACAGAGAAGGCGAAACGUAAACAGAACUUGAUGUUAGUACACAAUUUAGGUCUGACAAGCAAUACUAACAUAGCAGGGUUGUCGACGUCAGCUCCAGGUCUACCAAUAACAACGAUAAUGUCACCAUUCGCUCCAGCUUUCUAUCCACCAAGAGAUACUGUAGGAUCUGUUAUAGAGCAAGCUUUAGAAGAUAUAACUCUGGAUGAUAUAGACAUACAUAACUUAGACAAGGAGUUGGAUAAUGACACAAAUUCUUUAAGUAGCUCCAUCAGCGCUGGACUUUCUUCAGGGUUUGGUUCAACGUCUGUACCUAUAGGUAUACCACCGUGCCAGAUACCGCGGGGUAGUGUAGGAAGCCUAUCUCAGUCACCAACUUCUCCUUACGGAAGUUUUCCACACUCUAUAUUACCCCUACAAACACAGAAAGAGUCACAUUCAGAGAGUUAUCUAGGUCAACACAACCACAUGAAAUUUUGUGGGAGCCCGUUUGCUGAGAUCAACUCCAUGUCCCCAAGGAGUGGACCCGGGGGCCCCCAUUCACCGCUGUAUUCGCAGAGUGUAACAAAUAGCCUAAAUAGUAGUCAGAAUAGUGAUAUACAUAAACUGCAGUCAGACGUCAGUGCAUACAAGACCAAGCUUGAACACUGGGAACAAGCUUACAAUCAGGCUAAAGCUGCUUGUGAGGCAUGGAAGAAGGAAGCGGAGGAUAGCUCACGGAAGGCUAAAACUGCAGAGGAUGAGAAGAUGGCUAUAUUAAAACAAAGAGAUGAGGCUUUAAGUCAGUACAAAAAAGUAAAGAUAGAAUCAGCAACAAUAAAGUCUACAGGGAGUCACCUAAGAAGUCUACAGCCAACAAGUGACCUAGAUGGGAUGGUUUUACCACAGUUACGUCAUUUACAGCAACAGCUUAGGAGUGACCUAGAAAAAAUAGAACAGGUUAUAUACAAGCAGUCGGCUAUCAAGUGUGUUAUAUGUCAAGACAAGAACAGAAGUAUAGCGACAUCACCUUGCAAUCACUGUGUUAUGUGCGAGAAAUGUGCGCCAUCAAAAAACGAAUGUCCCUUAUGUAGGUCACAGAUUACCCAGCGAGCCUCCGUAAACUACCACUUGUAAUGAUGGUGUUUAGUAGGACUUAUGAACAAUUGACUUUUAACAAAUUUGUUUGAAAAAUUAGGACGUGAAAAUAUAACUUUCUUGAAGAAAGAAUUAGAACAUUUCACACUCAGAAGUCUUUAACAAUGAAUAGGUUUAAACAAUUGCAUAGGAUUAACAAAUUUGUGUAUAGUUGUAAAUUUUCUGAAGAGUUGUUUUUAUAUCAUUUAUUUUGUUUUAUGUUGCAAUGUAUUUCUUAUGUUAGAAUUUUUUGUUAAUUGUUUUAGGUGCAUUGAGUUUUCGUUGUUUUUUCCCCUCAUGUUUUUGUAGAUUUCAUAGAUAUAAAGCUAAGUGUGCAUGUAACGAGAGAUUGCAGUAUACUCCUAUAUGUGAACAUUUUAGGACUUUUUGCAUGAGGAAACUUCUUUUGUCAUGUAGUAAUUUACUAAAUCAUAUUUAGAUAUAAGACUAAACUCUUAAGAAAUACCAUUGAACCUGCAUUAAGCAGCCACUUGCUUUGAACAGUCAUUCAUCUAACAUCCUACAUUGACAUUUUAUUAGCUGGACUUUUCGAAGAAUAGGUAGAGUUAUUGGACCACGGUGUCCCGAUUUGGGUAAAUUUUUGUGUGUAAGCUGAUAUCUCAAUAACUACUUGUGGGAAUGGAUCGAAACUUCGCACACUUACGCACUGUGAAGAACUGACUUACACUGCACAGAUUCCAUUACUUUUUGCUUUUUUACAAAAUUAUGCCCCUUUCUCAACAUAUUUAUUCAGUUGACAAGGUUAUUUAAAAGUUGAGCGUAGCUGUCCUUUGACAGCUUUUGUUCUAAUUUCAAGUUGUCAGAAGCUACAUGCCUUAAGUAGCCAGGCUGAAUCACUACCUUGGCAGGCUGCAUUAAACACAUUUGCCUGUAUUUUAAGGUUUAAGCUCAUGUUUUCUUCAAAUCUGAAGUAUUGUUUUAGACGAAUUAUAGUUAUAUACUAACAAGUCAUGCAAGAUUGUCAUACAAUAUGUUCAUCAGAGUACUAAUCCUUUAUGUUCAUAGUCUUUGGUAGUGCCAUAUUUGUAUUGAUUUUAUCAAUACUAUCUACUAAGUAAGAAAAUAUUUUAAUGCAUAAAAGUGAAAAAUGCUUAGGGUAAGCUUAAAUAUGUUUCAUGUAACCCAUAUUGAUAGAUAUUUACUAUCACUUACCCUGCUAAAUUUUUAAAAUGAACUGGUCCAUCAUUUGAUUUGGGCAGUACCAUUUAUUAUUCAAACAGGUGUUCACUGAAAACUUACUGACUGAAUAGCGAACAGUGCAGACCAUGAUCAGUGCAGACUGAUCUUGGUCUGCACUGGUGGCAAAGGCAGAAUCAAUUGCCACCAGCAGGCUAAAAAUUAAACAUGAAAUACCUUUCAUAUAUUUUGUAGUUUUUUGAAGAUUUUUGUAAUAUCUUUCUGGUAUAGGUUUUUAUGAAAGAAUGCAUUUUGAUAUAAAAUCUGUUGGUAUGGAAAAUAAGUCCCAUUGCAUAAUUUCAUGUAAGAUUGUAGUAGGUUAGCAUUCUCAUGCACCAGAGGACUUGUGGUUUUCUGAAUUGUACAGGGACCUUGUUGGACAUUUGUUGAAUGAGAAUGGUUGAAUAGAAAAUAGUUGGUUCAGAAUGAGAUCAUAACAGUAGAGACCUAUCACUGUUGGUCUACCUCUAAUGAAGCAAAUAGUUUCAAGUGUAUAGAGAAUAAUUUAACUUUCACAUUAUGUUUUCAUAGGUGUUCAUAAAUGGAAUUGUUUUCCUAACAGAUUGUUUACUUUGUUGUUUAAUUCUACACCAUUUCCUUAUCACUUGUUUUUACAGCACCAAAUUUAUUUGUUUUAUGCCCCCGAAGGGAGGCAUAUUAGUUUUCAACUGUCCAUCCGUUCGUUAGUUCGUUUGUCACAACGUCAACAUUUUGCAUGAAGGCAUUUUACUCGCGAACCACUGCACCCAGGACCUUCAAACUUCACAUGCUGAUAGUACUUAUUGAGUACACAACCCCUACUGACUUUGGGGUCACCAGGUCAUAGGUCAAGGUCAAAGGUCAAGGUGCUGAGGGGGCAUUUGUCAUCAUUAGUGACAGCUCUUGUUUUCUCUUUAUUUUGUUUCACAAUUAUAGGCCAUAUUUUAUUGAAAUUGCUAAAAUAUUCAGUUGUGUAAUUUUCAUCAUGUACAUCAAAAUGACAGGUGACAAGUUUACAGGUUACAGUAUUUCAUAGAAUUGACUGGUUUUCUGUUUCAAAGUUUUGACUUCCUGGAGUUGGACAAGAUCACUUUGUGUUAACUUGUGUAUAAAGUCAGUAUGAUUUCCAAGUAAUUUUAAUGGAGUUUGCUUCGUUUAGAUUGUUACUUCAAUUUACUAUUCUGUCAGUUCAACUUCCAUAGAUUUCAAGAAUGCUAAUGAAAGAAAAAUUAUACAUUGGACAAUGUGUCACUGUAAAGUUUGGAGAUAAAGUAUUCUCUGUAUUUUCAUGUCAUUUUCUAUUAUUGUUAGUGCUUUUGUCAACAUUUUGUUUAUUCAAACAUUUAUAUGCUCCACAGAAUUCUUCACUAUCAUUGUAAAUAUAUACAAAAAUAGUUCUAAGGUCUGUAUGUUUUUGACAGUCAGGGGAACAUCAUGUUGCGAAAGUUACAUUCAAUAUAGAUGUCUACAUCUGUCUGAUCUUUCAUCAUUGUAACUCAUUUAAGUUUUUGUAAAAAAUUAUGUCCUAAAAAUUAUUUGUAAGGUUUACUAGAAUGAAAUUUGAAAAUAUGAGCAUUUUCUACUUACUGUUUAUGUAAACACAAAAUUAAAAUUUUUCAUGUAUUAAAUGGUACUAUGCAUUAGGUUUAAAAUCGUACACGCUUAAAACGUAUUUUAGCUAAACACAAGAAUGUUUACUAUCACAUAAAAAAUGCUUUAACAUAUAAACUACUGUUCCACACAUAAACAUAAUUCAUAUAUUUAGUAAGUGAAAUACGGAUGAGGAAAUUCUACAUUGAAAGUAUAUAGCUAAAGGUAAAACAUGCUAGUAGAAGAUGUGUAUUAGGGGUUUAAAGGUUGCACUCUGUAAAAGUAAGCUGUAGUGAACAUGUGCUGACAAGUGAAUUUUUGAAACUACUUGUAUACAAAAAAAUUGUUUCCUAAACAUAAGUGUCUGAGAUGCUUGGAAAAUAUUAAGUAAAAAUCAUAAUUUUCUACAUGCGUAUUGCAAAUAUUCAAUGCUGUUUUUCACUUCUUGUAUUAUUUGAUAUUGUCUGAUGAACAUUCAAUAUGAAAGUCGGUGUAAAUUUAAAUAUUCAAAAUUUUCAGUCAUCUUCAGUUUGAUUCAUAGUUUCUGUAUAAGUUUCACUCUCCUAGGUUGAAAGCAAGCUCUUGGUAAAGGUAAUCGGCGUCCACCAUCAACAAUUUACAGAAACAUCUUCUCGUCGGAAUCUAAUGGUCAGAAUAACACAACUUGGUCUAUAGCAGAUCUGCUCUAAAGUUGAUUCAGAUGGUUCUGCUGGACCCCACCUAGGGGCCACUGGACACCACCUAUAGGGCCGGUGGAGCUAAAAGUAAAUAAGUUUUGAAAGACCUCUUGAUGGAUGUUCGUCAAAAUUCAUCUCAGUGUAGUAUUGUCAUCUAAAAUAAUUUUGAUAGGUAUUUCUUUUCGUAAAUUUUAGUCAUUUUGGACACUGAAAGUUUUAGAAUUUCAGUUCUAACUUUAUUUGUAAAUGGAUUGAAAUAAAACUUCUAGGACAUUUUAUCAUUGUACUAAAAUGUAACAAAAGUAUGUCAAUGUGAUAAGUUUGUAAAACGUACGGAAAAAUUCAAAAUUGUUUGUAGGCAAGAAUUUUACCAAAUGACAAAUAAUGUCUGACUAUAAAUCUGACAUUAUUAAAGAUGUCUUUAAAAUUGAAAAAGACUUACUACCUGUACCAGACCUGGAUACUUUGAGAAUGAUAAAUGCUUGUUUCUGGACAUUACAAAACCCUGUUGUUGAAAAUAUGAAUAAAACAUUGCAUCACAGAAAGAAGUAACAUUUGUCGAAAUUAAUGCACAGAGAAUGCAUAUUGUUACCACCGUUAGUGUAUGUUUAAUUUUAGCUUUUUUAGGGGGGGGAACUUUUUCAUCAUCCUUUAGUAUGAAGUGACAUGUAAAUUUAUCAUAAUUAUAAAGUAAUUUUCUUUCAUAUACCAUAAUUUUGAUCAUGUAUGAAUCUCAUUUUUUCAUAUUAGAAAUAGUUCUUUUGCAUAAGACGUUAAGAAAACAGCUCAUACAGUUUUUGUUUGAAUUUAUGUAAUUUGUAGUGUUAACAUAUAUAAUUAGGUGGUAAUUUUCACAUUAAGUGAUAAAAUAAGUGUAUAAUCGGAAAGUAAUAAGGUGUUUGUUCCCGCUUGUAAGAAAACUUUCAUUUUCCGUCUUUUCACCAAUUCCAAUUUGCUAUGUUAAUACUUCCCAUAUUAUUAUCAGUACUUUUUGAAAACAGAUUUUGUUUGAAGUGUAAACAGUGGAAUAUGUAAUGUAUGUCACGUGAAUGAACUUUUAAUAUUUUGUAUAUUUUCAUUAACCAAACUGAAAAGGUUGUUGAUUUUAAAGCGUAUGUCAAAAUGUGUAUGGUUUUAGUUGAUUGAAGGGCCUGAUAGAAGUUCUUUUGUUUCCAACUGCAUGUAAGUUUGACUAUUUGGUUGGAACUGAGACAAAAAUAUUUUCUGAUUUGACUUGGACACUUCAAAUGUAAUUAGAGAAAAACAUGGGUCACUCGAAGUCGGAAAACUCAAGGGGAUCAGCAAAUUGUCAAUUUACACAGGGUUUUGAGUGCUCCAGACAGAAAAUGUAAGGAAAAUGAUAGGGGACCACAUGAAUUUCUGGAGUCAGCCCAGAUGUUGGAGCGAGCAAAGUCUCACUUUAUUUUCGCUUUAGAAAUGUUAGUGCUUCAGUCAACAUUAUGUUAGAAAUGUUACAUCUUUUGCAUUUUAAUUUGGUUUCAUUUGCCGGUAUAUUGUGAAUCAGUUGACCUUCCAUGGAAUACACAUUGAGAAGCAAAUUGAUUUUAGGUUUAAUAAACAUGCAGUUGGAAGCAAGUAUUUUUUCAAGUGCCUGUAAAUAAUUUGUUUGUGGUCAGCCGCUGGACGGUUGUGAUUUAGUAAAGAAUUGGACCAGUCUUGUCUAGUAGUUAGUGCAAUAGUUAUAUUGACAGUCCAAAAGCAGGAAACAGGGUGCACAGUCUAUUGUUGGAGAUGGAAUUGUGGGUAAUGUCUUUGUCACCAGAUGCUUGGAUUUUUAGAAUAUUAAGGAUUAGAGCUCUGGGGUAGGCUGACAUACUGCCUUAUGACUUCUGCUUAUAAAAUAACUUGUCAAACUUAGUUUUGGCUGUGACAGUAAAUAACAACUGCUUUUUCCCUACGGUCAGCCCUGCCUUUGAACAUGGGAAAGUUAAGCUCUUCAGUGGGGAAAAAUGGGAAGUGAAUAGCUUGCCCUACUCCAAAGCUCCUCUCCAAAAUACUUUUCGUAUGUGGAUUUUGUGUUACAUAGUUUUAAGUAAUUUAAGGAAUGUAAUAGGGUCAGUAGAAUACACCGACUGUUCCGAAUGACUUCGUAUUGAAAAGGUUAUUUUGCUUUUUUUACCAGCAUAUGGUGAUCCAAAGAUGUUUUGAUGUCAUUUUUUCAUGUUUUUGAUCUCAUUGUGAAAUACAUGUACAUGGUAUGCCACUAUAUUAAUAGAAUGAAUGAUAUGUUUAGUAAACAAAUUUUCAGUGUACGAGGGCCCAAACAAAUUCUUGGUCUAUGAAAAUAAAUGUCAUCUGGUGCAUUAUCAGUAAUUGUCACACAUUUAUAAAAUUCAUACAAACAUUCUGUGAAAGCCAUUCAGGUUGUAUGGAUGAGGAUCAAAAUAGGUCUUUAUUUUUCAUAAAUUUUUCACAAUAUUUUUGUACAUUGGUAUGCAAGUUUAAUACACAAGAAUUUUCAGAUCACUUCAUCUCACAGACAGGUACUGAUAAAAUGAAACUAAAUUUUAUAUUUUUACCAACAAACAAUUCCUUUAAAACAAGAAUUUGGUAGAAGAUUGAAACCAGAAAAAAACUGGUAAUCUGAGAAUAUGUGUUGCGAAGUAUACACUUGAGAAAAAUAAAAACCCUCAUGCACAUUUUCUCUAUAGAAGUUGUUACUCUAAUUCAAAAGAAUCCUUGAAAUGUGAAAAAAAUCUUACGAAGAUUUCUAUAUUUAAGACAGAACUUGGCUGUGAGAUGGUUUGGUAAUUCAUUGUGUCUCAGGUACUAGAUGUUGUACUUUUGUAUGCUAUGUUAGGACAUUGAAGAUGAAUACCAUUAAAUGCAACACAUUGAAUUUAUUAGAGUAUGUAUGACUUUCCAUUACAGUUAUAAAAGCAAAACUUGUUAAAAAGUUUAAUAGUGUUUUCAUCAUUUUAGGUUGUUUCAACUUUAUAGUUAACAUUACUAAGAAUUCAAAUCAUGAAUCAUAAAAAAAAAGAAUUUGAUUGAUUAUAUGAACCAACAGGAAUUCAUGAUUUUACUCCAGUAGGGACACAUAGAAUUGUAAGUUUGCAAGGUUCUUUUUCUGAUAGUUGCAUUGCAUCAAGUUGUAAAAGCACUUAUAUUUAUGUUUCGUACAUCAGUAUUUUUCAGAGUUAAUGAAUAUUAAAAACAGCUCAUUGCCUUAUAAGUUAUGAAAACUUGUUUUCCAAUUCUUGUGUGAAGGCAUAAAGUCAUGCAUAAAGAAGUUCUGGAUUGUGUAAAGAAAAUACAUUGAAAGUUUUACUUUAAUGGGUAUUGAAAAAACAUCAUGAUACUUUACUUACCAAAAAAAUUACUUUUUUUUUUCAGUUUUUAAUCUUUCUUUUGAAAACGCAAGUUUUUGGUCAUCAAAGUCCUUCUCUGUUAUUUUUUUGGGCUGAGUGUAAAUACACACACCUUGCUUAAUAAAAAAGCAGCUUUUUUGAGCACUUUGUUACUGUGACCUGUGUUAUUUUAUUAUCAUUUCAAAAUCACACACAAAUUUAUACCCACAUGACUGACCGAAAGUAUGAAAUUCAUGAAGUAUCUUUUAAAUAAUAAAGAUAUACAGAUUUAAGCAAGCUUGCACCCAUUUUGAAUUACCUUUAAAGCAAAAAAAAGUGAUUGUUUGAUAUGACAAAAAAAACUGUUGAAAACAUUCGAGACACUGUUGCUUCCUAUAAGGCAAAUUUGCAGUCAAAAUUUAGGUCUACAAAUUGAUACAUGUUUAUGUAGGCUAAUUUUGUAAUAACAAGGUAUGCAAGUACUUUAAACUAUGAGAGAGAUUUUCCAUUUUACAGUAUUUUUAGCUCACCUGUCCCAAAGUGACAAGGUGAGCUUUUGUGAUCGCGCGUCGUCCGUAUGUGCUUCCGUCCAUAAACUUUUGCUUGUGACCACUCUAGAGGUCACAUUUUUCAUGGGAUCUUUAUGAAAGUUGGCAGAAUGUUCAUCUUGAUGAUAUCUAGGUCAGGUUCGAAACUGGGUCACAUGCCAUCAAAAACUAGGUCAGUAGGUCUAAAAAUAGAAAAACCUUGUGACCUCUCUAGAGGCCAUAUAUUUCACAAGAUCUUCAUGAAAAUUGGUCAGAAUGUUCACCUUGAUGAUUUCUAGGUCAAGUUCGAAACUGGGUCACGUGCCUUCAAAAACUAGGUCAGUAGGUCUAAAAAUAGAAAAACCUUGUGACCUCUCUAGAGGCCAUAUAUUUCACAAGAUCUUCAUGAAAAUUGGUCAGAGCGUUCACCUUGAUGAUAUCUAGGUCAAGUUCGAAACUGGGUCACGUGCCAUCAAAAACUAGGUCGGUAGGUCAAAUAAUAGAAAAACCUUGUGACCUCUCUAAAGGCCAUAUUUUUCAUGGGAUCUGUAUGAAAGUUGAUCUGAAUGUUCAUCUUGAUGAUAUCUAGGUCAAGUUCGAAACUGGGUCACGUGCGAUCAAAAACUAGGUCAGUAGGUCUAAAAAUAGAAAAACCUUGUAACCUCUCUAGAGGCCAUAUAUUUCAUGAGAUCUUUAUGAAAAUUGGUCAGAAUGAUCACCUUGAUGAUAUCUAGGUCAAGUUCGAAAGUGAGUAAUGUGCCUUGUGACCUCUCUAAAGGCCAUAUUUUUCAGGGGAUCUGUAUGAAAAUUGGUCUGAAUGUUCAGCUUGAUGAUAUCUUGGUCAAGUUCGAAACAGGGUCAUGUGCGGUCAAAAACCAGGUCAGUAGGUCUAAAAUUAUUAAAAUCUUUUGACCUCUCUAGAGGCCAUAUUUUUCAAUGGAUCUUCAUGAAAAUUGAUCUGAAUGUUCACCUUGAUGAUAUCUAGUUCAGUUUCGAAACUGGGUCACAUGCGGUCAAAACUAGGCCAGUAGGUAUAAAAAUAGAAAAACCCUGUGACCUCUCUAGAGGCCAUAUUUUUCAUGAGAUCUUCAUGAAUAAGUGAGAAUGUUCACCUUGAUGAUAUCUAGGUAAAGUUCAAAACAGGGUCAGGUACCUUGAAAACUAGGUCAAUAGGUCAAAUAAUAGAAAAACCUUGUGACCUCUCUAGAGACCAUAUUUUUCAAUGCAUCUUCAUGAAAGUUUGUCAGAAUUUUUAUCUUGAUAAUAUCUAGGUCAAGUUCAAAACUGGGUCACAUGAGCUCAAAAACUAGGUCACUAUGUCAAAUAAUAGAAAAAACGACGUCAUACUCAAAACUGGGUCAUGGGAAGAGGUGAGCGAUUCAGGACCAUCAUAGUCCUCUUGUUGUUUAUGUAAACACAGAGUGUGAUAUUUUCAGGUAUGUCAAAGUCAUACCAUAUAACUAGAUUUUAGUACAUUUUUUUGAAAGAAACAAACUGUUGGCAAUUAUUUCAGUGUACAUUGAGAGACGCAAGUUAUUUUAGACCUAUUACCACACGUAAUGUUAUUACCUCUGAUGGAAAUUAGCGAUGGCUGCUGCACUUUAGUUGUAGGGUAUGCAGAUCAAAGGAGAUGUUAUUAUGUGCUAUUUUGUUUUUUGUAUGUUGAAAUUAUUGCUAAUGGUGCCCAUAGCAAAAAAAAUAAAUCUUUAAGAAUUUCA